UUGACCCGGGACAAAAUAACCUGAUGAAAAAUAAUAAAACAUUAAAUUAUAAACCUCUCAUAACUCCUCCUAAUGUGGAGCUUAUUUGCUGAACCCCACCUUGCUUGAUAUUAACACUUUGAUAAUAAUCCAGACAUGACUCAUCUCAGAAAACAACGGUGUCUCAGACUUCUCUAACAUUUCCGCCAUUUCUCACAAUACACAUGGCCCAGCAGCCUUCACUCAUUACACACAGAAAAUUAAAAUGUGACAUUAACAACUUCCCUUGGGAACUAUCUCUUAUUGACGUAAAUGUUAUCUUUGCACAAUUACUGACCUAUUCAUGGAAAGGCAGUUUUCCACCACAAUAGUCUAAAAUAUUCUUGACGAAGGUCCAGAGGGACUAAAACGUUAGUAUAAUCAAUAAAUUGUGAUGCUGAGCAGGAGCAGAGUGCAGGAUCUUCCUUUCUCCAGACUGAAGUGAUGCUUUCCAACCUGCAUCUCAGACAAGAAGAGAGCUUCCUGUUCUGCAGCUGCUCCACUCCGCGGCGGCUUGACGCUGCUCGGGUGAGGAGAGGAGAGAGAGGAGCUCCGCCAGGUACCAGGGAGAGCGUGGUGAGGAAUCCCAGCAGCCCCAGGAGAGUGAGAGCCGGACCGGCUGGACCCCCGGAGGAGGAUCAGAGAGAGAACCACGUUGCCACCGGAGAGGCCUCAGUUCAGGGCUGCAGUAUGUUCACUUCAGUGAAGGCCUUCGAGGGGCAGCAGUACUCCACCCUGAAGAGGCAGUGCCUGCAGAGUGGCCUGCUCUUUGAGGACCCCCGCUUCCCCGCAACUGAUGACUCGCUCUUUUACCAGGGCAACAGGAUCGGACGUGUGGUUUGGAAGAGGCCUCGGGAGCUGUGUGAGGACCCUCACCUGUUUGUAGAUGGCAUCAGCGCACACGAUCUACAUCAGGGACAGCUGGGUAACUGCUGGUUUGUAGCGGCGUGCUCCAGUCUGGCCUCCAGAGAGUCUCUGUGGCAAAAAGUCAUUCCUGACUGGAAGGAGCAGGAGUGGGAUACGGAGAAGCCAGACUCGUAUGCCGGGAUUUUCCACUUCCGCUUCUGGCGCUUUGGCGAGUGGGUGGAUGUGGUGAUUGACGACCGGCUACCGACGGUGGACAACCAGCUGGUCUACUGCCACUCCAACGACAGCAACGAGUUCUGGAGUGCUCUAGUGGAGAAGGCAUACGCCAAGGUUUACGGCUGCUACGAGGCUUUGGAUGGGGGAAACACGGCUGAUGCACUGGUGGACUUCACGGGUGGUGUUUCAGAGCCCGUGGACCUGCUGGAGGGUCAGAUGGCUACAGACGAGGUGGCUCGUAACCAGCUGUUUGAACGGGUUCUCAAAGUCCACAACAGAGAUGGCCUCAUCAGCUGUUCCAUCAGGGCGACCACAAUAGAGGACAUGGAGGCACGGCUGGACUGUGGCCUGGUCAAAGGCCACGCCUACGCUGUGACAGAUGUACGGAAAGUGCGGCUAGGUCAUGGACUGCUGGCCUUCUUCAAAUCGGAGAAGCUGCACAUGAUUCGCAUGAGAAACCCCUGGGGAGAGAAGGAGUGGAGCGGCCCUUGGAGCGACAGUUCGGAGGAAUGGAACAAAGUGAGCAAGAGUGAAAGAGAAAAGCUGGGCGUCACCGUGCAGGACGAUGGCGAGUUCUGGAUGACGUUCGACGACUUCUGCCAGUACUUCACCGACCUGAUCCUGUGCCGCCUCAUCAACACCUCCUACCUGAGCAUCCACAAAACCUGGGAGGAGGAGGUGAUGAGAGGCUCCUGGAUCCACCGCCAGGACCCCCUCCGCAACCGAUCUGGAGGCUGCAUCAAUCACAAGACCACCUUCCUGCAGAACCCUCAGUACGUGUUUGAUGUGAAGAAGGUGGAGGACGAGGUGCUGAUCUGCUUACAGCAGAAAGAAAAGAGAGCCACGCCCAAAGAGGGAAAAGGAGAAAACCUUGCCAUAGGCUUCGAUAUUCACCGGGUGGAGCUAAAUCGGAAGUACCGUAUGCAUUCAGCCCAGCAGAAAGUAGCGGGCUCCAUCUACAUCAACUCGCGCUGCGUCUUCCUCAGGAAGGAGCUGAAAGAGGGCCGUUACGUCAUCAUUCCCACAACCUUUGACCCCGGGCAGCAGGGUGACUUCCUGCUCCGUGUCUUCACUGAUGUGCCUUCAGACUGCAAAGAGCUGUCUCUGGAUGAGCCUCCUCAGACGUGUUGGACAGGGAUGUGUGGCUACCCUCAGCUGGUCACUCAGGUCCAUGUGAUGACUGCUGAGGGUCUGCAGGGCCAGGACUCAAACGGAGAGCUUCACUGCCUCAAUCCCAAUAAGAAAAGACUCCAGAACAAAACACAAGCUGUCGAUCCAUACAUGAUCAUCACCUGUGAAGGAGAGAGGGUUCGUUCACCGGUUCAUAAGGACACACGGUGCCCAAACUUUGACAUCAAAGGCCUGUUCUACCGCAAGAAACCCAAGGAAGGCAUCCACAUCGAGAUCUACAACAAGAACAUGAUAGUGGACACCUUCCUGGGUCAGGUGAUCAUGUUCAGCGACCCCAACGAGCGGCAGGAGCAGCACACGCUUCACCUCCGCGACAAGGGCAGUCGCCAGGACAACGACCUCCCAGGCACGCUCACUGUGCGCCUCAUCACCUCGACCACGCUCACCAACAUCUAACGCGAUCGUUAGGAUUAUAAUGAUCGACGCUCAAGGUGGCGUUCAAUCGUGCCCGCUGUUAUUUUCAACAAUCACCAACCGUAGCGGGAGCUCACUGUGUCUUUUUUCUGCCGCUUGCACUCUCUUUGUGUCUUUUUCCCUGUUUUCCUUUGCUUCAGCAUUUAGAUUGAGUUAGUUUUUGAAAGCCUUUACUAAUAUUUAUGGAUGGAAGGUAUCCAUAGACAAUAUUUGGGGUUCGUAUUGAAUAUCUUUGAACACAUUCCUGCCAAAACUGUCCAUAAUCCAGUGUUUGCUUCAGAUAUUUGUUCUUAGGGUACGUUUCAUCGCAGGUUUUGUAGCCAGAAUCUCCAUCAAAUCAGCAGUGGACGACAUCAACUGAGCUACAAACUGAAUUUUAACAAAAGGACAAUAUUGGCCUGAAAAGUUUUAUCAAAUGAGUACAUCGGUCUGACCCUACUCAACAAACCUCUUUUCUUUUUUUUUUAAAUUCUGCACAUUGUUAUAUUCAAACACAUACACUUAUAUAACACACACAUAAUACAUAUGCAGAAAUUUCUGCAUUCUCCAUGCAUGUGCCAAUGUUUCCAAGGGCUAUGCAUUGCCUUAAGGCUGAGUCUGUCUCUCCACCUUGAGGAGGCGGGGGGUUUUGUUAAAUACUCGCCGUGUUUAUCUUCUCUAUCAGCUGUCCUCAGUGUUAGCACGGCCUCCACUCUUGUUCCUUAAAAUCUACAUUACUCCCCGCUUUUUGCAUAGUUUCUAUCUUCUCUAUAUUGACAUGAUGUAUACUCUUUCUUUUUCUUUUUCUUUUUUUUUUUUAUCUGUGGAUAUCAGUCGGCCCACCAAGACACCUCAAGUCUUCACCAGUUUGCCGGUGCUUUGGAGAGCAUGCAGCACUGUCUGUCACUUUUUACUGUGGACUUUACA